AGUAUUGAAGGAAAUAUUCAUAAUAGUAUCCAAUCGGGUAUGUAUGAUUGCAUAGAGAGGAUGGUUCCAGAUAUAAAAGUCCAAGACAAAAUCAUGAAAGAGAUAAUUUCGUACAAGAAUGCUGCUGGGGAUUUUCGGAGGAAGAUGGCCAUUCGAGCUAGAGAUACUCUGCUUCCUGCUGAAUGGUGGCCAACAUAUGGUGGAGGUUGCCCAAAUCUGGCUCGCUUGGCAAUUCGCAUUCUGAGUCAAACUUGUGGUUCAAUUGGGUAUAGGCAAAGUAAUAUUCCUUUUGAGAAAGCACACAGCAUAAGAAAUUGCCUAGAGCGCCAACGUCUCAGGGAUCUUGUCUUGCACAGUACAACCUACGAUUGA